UUCAGCUGCUGCCUGGGUUGCACUCUGGUGGGAGCCAUCAUGGAGAGAGCUGUGGUUAGAAUAAGCCUCUUGGGGCUGCUGCUGGCUUUAGUUAGCACAUUACCAAACAAGGACAACUGGGACAUCUACAGCUUUCACAUCAACUCCACAGUGAGCAGUCGUUAUGCAACCACUGUCAUCUCAAGCCGUGUGGCAAAUCGUAUGAACGAGUCAAAGGAAAUAGAAUUCCAAGUCCGCAUUCCCAAGAACGCCUUCAUCAGUAAAUUCAGAAUGUUCAUAGAUGGCCAAGUGUACGAUGGUGUUGUGAAAGGUAAAGAGAAAGCUCAACAGCAGUACACUGAGGCUGUGUCCCGUGGCCAAAGCGCUGGGAUCGUCAGUUCUGUAGGGAGAACCCUCGAAGAAUUUAAGACCUCUGUGAACGUGGCUGCCCACAAAAAGGUCACAUUUGAACUCACGUAUGAGGAACUGCUGAAACGCAGGCUCGGCAAGUACGAGCUACAAAUCCAUGCUCGACCCAUGCAGCCUGUCAAAGACUUCAAGGUUGAUGUGUACAUUGAUGAGAAAGCAGGCAUCAAUUUCGUCGAGGUUAAAGGAGGACUAAGCACCGGCACCCUGACUAAUGCCAUCACCAAAACCCAUGCAGACAAACAGGCAUGGGUGUAUUUCUACCCAACAGAGGACCAACAGAAAACGUGUGACAGCUGUGGACAGCAGGGUAUGAAUGGCGAUCUGGUUAUUGUUUAUGAUGUCAACAGGGACACCUCAUUGGGAGACAUCAAGACAUCAGAUGGUUACUUCAUUCAUCACUUUGCUCCAUCUAGUCUUGUCCGCAUCCCAAAAAAUGUAGUCUUCCUUAUUGAUCAAAGUGGCUCAAUGCAUGGCAGAAAAAUACACCAGACCCGAAUAGCCUUAAUCCACAUCUUGAAUGACCUGGCAGAGGAUGACUACUUUGGUCUGAUCACUUUUGAUGCCAAUAUUUUUCACUGGAAACGAGAACUCGUUCAGGCCAACAAGAAGAACCUGGAGAGUGCCAAGACAUUUGCACAGGGUAUUCAAGAUAAAGGAGCCACCGACAUUAACAAAGCCGUGUUGGCAGGAGCACAUAUGCUGAAUGCACAUCCCAGAGAGGGGUCAGCGUCUAUCCUUAUACUUCUCACCGAUGGAGACCCAACCUCAGGGGUGACAAACCUUGAAGUAAUCCAGUCAAAUGUCAGAGGGGCUAUUGCAGAGAACUUUCCACUCUACUGUCUUGGUUUUGGUUUUGAUGUCAAUUUUGAGUUUCUUGAGAAAAUGUCGCUGCAGAACAACGGUGAGGCACGACGGAUUUAUGAAGACUCUGAUGCUGAUUUACAGCUAAAGGGUUUCUAUAAAGAGGUGGCCACUCCUCUGUUGACAGAUGUGACAAUGAUCUACAAUGGUGGGACCAAUCUAACCAAGACUAACUUCAGCCAGUAUUAUAACGGCUCUGAGAUUGUGGUGGCUGGUCAGAUAACUGACAACGACAUUGAAACUUUCACUCCACAAGUUGUAGCUAUUUCGAGGAAUAGAAAGGUGACGUUUUCUGAAACAAACACCACCGUGGAGUCAACUGGAACAGUGUCUGACAGACGCAUCCAAAGAGUUUGGGCCUACCUUACCGUCAAACAGCUUCUGGAGAAAGAGCUGCUGUUAUCCGGGCCUGAGAAGGAGAAUGUGAAAAAAGAGGCCUUGGAGCUGUCGCUAAAGUACAGUUUUGUGACUCCACUCACAUCCAUGGUGGUUACCAAGCCUCAUGGGGAGACCACAGACGUUCUCCAUAAACCAAAGGAAGGUGAAACACCACUGGCAGGGCUGCCUUCUGUUGGAUAUACUGGGACAUGGACCAGUGCGUUUAAUGUAUUUUCAAGCUUCGAUUAUGGUCCAUUGUAUGAUGCAGAUUGGGACGAUAAGAAAUUGUUUGAAGAGUAUCCCACCAUGAUUGAGCCAAUAAGAACAACUAACGCCCCUAUUCUUCAUAGGUUUUUGAUCAAAACUGAGAACCAGUCUCUUCCUCUGUGCUUUGAUGUCACUGGAGACAUUCGCCUUAAACUGCUUCAUCAUCCCAUGAGGGAGCUGACUGUGAAUGGCGAGCUUGAUGCAGCACUUUAUGGAGGCUUUAAAAAGAUUGUCAUCCACUUCAAGACAGACCUGCAUGUUGAGGUGGAUACCAAUGAAAUCACUGUACGAGAGGGACAAACACUGACACGACACACUGGACAGGAUCUCAUCACAUCUGGAGGUUUGACAGCGAUUAGGCGGCAGAAGGAAAUAGACAUUGCAGCUGGAGACACACGCAUGGUCAUCUUAAUUCAUGUGAACGAUGGUAAAUCAUUCCUCUGGCCCGUUUUAAGACAGAAGCCAUCGGACAACAACAUUGAGGGAAUUUUAGCUCUAAAACCAGCAGUUUAUGAGGAGGUGCAACAAAGUCCUUCAACCAAACUUAAGAUAAAAGACCAGGAGACUGACGUUACAAGGUCCAAUGCUGUUGACUACAGUAUUGGCUCACAUCCGACACUGGAUUGCUGGCUCACGUCUGCUGAGUCUGCCCUGCAGAGACGCCUGGAUGAUUUCACUGUUACACAACUUUAACUGGGAACUAUGAUGAAUCACUUGCAAAGAUGGAAUUAAAGAAAACUGAGACCAA